CACUCUGCACCUCUUCACAUCUGCUACCUCCUGUUACCUUGUAUUGUGAGAGUCUCCUCGCACUAGGCUGGGCGCACGCCGUAUUCGCUACCCCACUGGUGCUAGCUUCAGUGGAGAGAACGGUAGUGCCUGGAGAGCUUCACAGGUGGUUCGUCGUUUAGAGAAAAAUGGCGGGGGAUUUCGGGGAACUGGUGCUGGUACUGGGAGACAUGCACAUCCCACACCGAGAGGCCGCUAUCCCGGAGAAGUUCAAGAAGAUGCUCGUGCCCAACAAGAUGCAGCACGUCCUAUGCACGGGGAACCUGGUGGGGAAGGACCAGUACAACGACUUGCGAACAUUAGCGCCUAACGUGCACGUGGUGCGGGGUGACUUCGAAGAGUCCACCACCUUCCCAGAGACGAAAGUCGUCCAGAUUGGCCAGUUCCGGGUAGGCCUCACCCACGGGCACCAGAUCGUGCCCUGGGGAGACCCUAACGCGCUGGCGAUGACGCAGCGCCAGCUGGGCGCCGACAUCCUCAUCUCGGGACACACGCACCGGAAUCAGGUCAACGAGUUCGGUGGCCGGUGGUUCAUCAACCCUGGGUCGAUCACAGGGGCGUACUCCGCCGUGGAGUCGGACGCCGUGCCGAGCUUCAUCCUGCUCGCGGUGCAGGGCGCCAAGUGCGUCACGUACGUGUACGAGCUGCACGGGGACCAGGUGGAGGUGUCCAAGAGCGAGUUCAGCAAGGCAUCAUCAGCAUGAUUUUUUGUUGUCGAUGUCCGUGCCCAUGCCCUGUCCAAAAUCGACUUCAGCAAGGCAUCAGCAGCAUGAUUGCUGUUGAUGAUGUCCGUGGCCAAACUCUGUCCAAGAGCGACUUCAGUAUGACAUCAGCACGAUCUAGUCCCUGUGUUUGCAGUGGAUGUUGUUGACAGGUCAGCUGAACCAUCAUCAGCUUUGUGUUGAGGCAGGACCCCUUCGCACAUUCGUGUCCCAGGAGCUCGCAGGCGGCGAAGGGCUGUGUUUGCAGAUCUUAUUGUAGGGUUUGUUGAUUUGUUUUGGUUGUUUUCGGUUGAACGAACCUUUCUUGGCACAAGAUUCCGAAUCUAUGCGACGGUAUUUUCAGGGAAGAAUAGCUCCGGCGGGGUUCAGGUUCCCACGUUACUACUGUAUAUACGUAUGCAUGCUUGUCUUCCACGCGGCAUGGCCGUGCAAGGCUUUGUCAGGCAUGAAAUUUCCAUGGUGGUUUGGUUUUUGGUGGUAACAUUGAGAUGCGCCUGCAUGGGUCAGGAGUACAGCUCAUCAGGCAUGCAGUUUCCAGCGUGGUUUGGUUGUGGGUGGUAACGUUGAGAUGCGCGUACAUGGGGCAGGAGUUUAGUAGUUUUCUCGGGCUCCUUCCUUACUCUCUUCUGUAGACCACGCCAUCCUCGGGUACUUUAGAUAGCCCCCCCCGAACAAGGGGGCGUGUCGCUCACUACAAAGUGUGUUCUGUUACGCUGCGGUUUGGGGGUAGCGGUGGGCAAGGGAGGUUGCGAAGGCGGGGACAUAAUGAACGGAACCAGGUAGAUCGCGUGCGUCAGCGAGAUGGUCAGCAGCGGUAUGUAUACCGUAGGUUGCACAAGAUAUCACACACCCCGGACCUAUUUUUUAUGAAAGAUCCCCGAUUACGCUCUGCAGCGCAAAGGCUGAUUGUGCUGAACAUGAUGUUGUUGGGACCUUCACGUCGAGAGAUUUCCUAAAACAUAUCAUUCGAUGUUGGCAUCCUCCUCGUUGUAAAGUAAUCGAGCUUUGAAAAUCGACCCUGGGGAUGUGGUAUCUUUCGUCAUGUCACCUAUGGUACGCUCCGCCCAACAUCGCUAAAGGCGUGUUCGGGGACCUUGUGGGGAGAGAACUUCUGUCGGCAAUUACCCCAGGUCGAAGGCACGUUGAUCAGAGAGAGGAAAAGCUUCAAGUAUGGAAGGGGGUUCUACUGAAGUAGAAGCUGGCGAUCGCGGUGACCGGAAUGA